AACAAGUCAGUUGUUCCCAUAAUUAGCUUGGAACAACAUUGGCUGGCCUGGCCGUGAUCUUGACUUUGAAUUUUAUCGCCAUUCAGAUAGUAUAGGCAAAAAGUAUUUUGUUCAAAAUGUCUACUACGAUAGAUUCUAUUUUGACAAGUACGGGAGCCCCUGGUCGGGCGGCUCUCAUAAUUCCUGAUUUUGGAUGGGAAGAAUGGCUCGUUUUCGGAUCUGUGUUAGCAAUUUCCGUCGCAAUAGGCAUAUUUUUUGGGUGUUUUGGAAAAAAGAAUCAGACCAAUGAGGAAUAUCUUCUUGGAGGAAGAACAAUGAAUCCAGUGCCGGUGGCAUUGUCACUUCUUUGCUCUUAUGUGUCCUCCAUCACAUUAUUGGGGACGCCGGUGGAGAUUUAUAUGUAUGGAAUCCAAUUGUCAAUGGUUCUGAUUGCGUACAUUCCACUCACCAUCAGCUUGGCGUUUGUCUAUGUGCCAAUCUAUUUUCAGUUACAGUACAUAUCAAUUUAUGAGUACCUUGAAGACCGAUACAGUCGAUUUUUGCGGAUUGUCUGUUCAGUUAUCAACAUCAUUUAUGGGAUAUUUUUCAUGAGCUUGGUAGUUUAUGCGCCAGCUCUUGCACUUAAAUUGGUCACAGGGAUUGACCACAGGAUAAUGGUGGCCGUCAUUUUCCUAGUUUGUAUAUUUUACUCUUCGAUUGGAGGUUUUAAAGCAGUGCUGUGGACUGACUCACUCCAAGCAGUUAUCAUGGUUGUUUCAACGGCUAUUGUGGUAAUUGUGGGGACAUCAAAGUUGGGAGGAGUUAGCGAAGUUUGGAAAAUGGCAGAUUCGACGAACCGAUUAAAUUUUUUCAAUUUUGAUGUCGAUCCACGUACGAGACAUACAUUUUGGACAGCGGUUGUCGGUGGUUAUUUCCAAUGGUUGCCGAUGUAUGCCAACCAGGCGCAAAUUCAAAGAUAUGUGUCGCUCCCAAAUUACAGAUCUGUUUACAUCGCAUUGGGGAUUAACCUACUUGGUCUCUUCGUCCUUAUGGGGAUGACAUAUUUUUGCGGAUUGGUCAUUUUUGCCACGUAUUUUACAUGCGAUCCUAUAUUAACCAAAGAUAUAGCUGCUGCUGAUCAAAUUCUGCCACUUUUCGUGGCUCAAACUCUGGAAGAAUAUCCAGGUCUUCCCGGCCUAUUUGUGGCAGGUAUAACCUGCGCUGCGCUUAGUACGGUUUCAAGUGGCGUGAAUGCCCUGGCCGCCUCUGUCGUGGAAGAUUACGUCAAAAAAUGGCGACCUACAUGGAACGACACAAAGCUGGCUUGGGUCUCAAAGGGGAUUGCCACAGCCACGGGGUUCUUAUCUUUUGGCUUUGUCUUUAUUGCCGAACAAAUGGGAAAUAUUUUCACGGCAGCAACCUCGCUCUUCGGAAUUUUUGGGGGCCCCACUUUUGGCGUCUUCAUAUGCGGAAUGUUUUUUCCCUGGACGAACAAUCUGGGAGUGUCGCUAGCCUUGCUCAUCUCAGUGGCAUUUAUGAGCUUCCUUGGAGUGGGUCAAACUGUGUACAACAAUCGGGGAGACCUUCCACUUCAAUUUAAAGAUCUCGAUAUGUCAUGUCCUGCUGACCCGAACAAUGGAACAUUUGCUGGGUUCAUCGAGCGCGAGUACGAUUGGAAAAAUAAAGAUUGGGAUGCGCUAACGCAAAUAUUUUCAAUUUCUCCAUUGUGGUAUCCGUGUUAUGGAAUAAUCAGUUCGGUAGUUCUGGGGCUAAUAUUUAGCUUCAUUUUCCACAAACCAUCAAAAGUGAGACCAAUGGAGAGCAGACUUUUUAUCCCAAUUGUUUUGAAGUUAUGGAAGAAAAUAUGUCCCGGAAAAUUGGUUGGGUUUGUGAAAUUCACAAAAGAGGAAUUAUUAGAAAAUCCAGAACUUGGAGGCAGCUCGAAUUCUAAUGAAGGAUUUGAUGGGUCAUACAGUCCGAAAAAGCAGUCAGUGAUAUCAGCUCCACAUUUAAUAAAUGACCACGUAAAUAAUAACGGGAAAAAUGAAGGAUAGAAUCUUAUUAUGUAAUCAUUAUAGCGUUAUAUAAAGCAAUAUAAAUUUUUAUGACAUUUAAUAAACAAGUGAUAAAUUAAUUGCACUUUCUGGUUCAACUUUA